AUGUUGGGUAUUCUCCUUUUAUCAGGCUUCUGUUCAUGCUUUUAUAGUUACCAUUUAAUCACUGAACCAAAGACUUGGUUCGAAGCUCAAAAGUACUGCAGAGAAAAGUACUCAGACCUGGCCAGCGUGGACAACGUGGAGGACAUGGAGCGGCUGGUUUCAGCUGCUGCCAAAGGUUAUGAGGGAAAAGCUUGGAUAGGCCUGCAUGACCUGUUGAACAGCUGGCAGUGGGCUUUCAGGGAGAGAGGUUUCUAUGGACCGGACGAAUGGAACUUCAGGAGGUGGAAGGAAGGUCAACCAAAUGACAGAAUGGGAUUUGGGAAGUUGUGUGUUUAUUUACAUCAAGGUUUCUGGUUUGAUGAUGGCUGCACUGAAGCUAACCCCUUUGUCUGCUAUCAGAAAUUGUUGACUGACCAGGGAGUCGGUGUUUAUGUAUUUAUAGACAAAGAGAUGACAUGGGACAACGCUCUGGCCUACUGCAGGAAGGUCCACACAGACCUGGCCAGUGUGAGAAACGACUAUGGGAAUAACGUAAUCAAGGAGGCUGUAGGAAGAAAAAGAGUUUGGAUCGGCCUGAACAGAUACAUCUGGAGCUGGUGGUCAGAUGGCACUGAACACGCAUUCCGUUACUGGGCAGAUGGACACCCGGAAAACUUAACUGAGAGCUGUGCUGCAAGUGUGAUCAACGCUACUCAGCUUGGAAAGUGGGUGGAAAACCACUGCAACGAAAAACUUCAUUUUGUGUGCCAAAACAAUAAGAGGAAGUUGUUUAACGUUAAGCUGAAAGUACUGAAAACCACAGUCGACUUGAAUGUCCCUGCUGUGACGGACGCCAUCUUGAAUCAGAUCAAGAAGAAGCUGAUGAAGCAGGGGAUUACAAGUGAUUUAAACAUGUUCUGGAUAAAGACGGGCAAAAACAUCUUCCACAAAGAAGAGGAGAAUGCAGAUGCAGCAGAGGAGCCAGACGCCACCAGGGACACUCGCGGGGAAGGCUGGAGGGCAGACGAGAGGGCAGACGAGAGGGCAGACGAGAUCACAGACGAGAUUGCAGACAGGAGCACAGGCAGGAUAACAGGCAAACUGGAGAUGUGCAGCACAUGA